GGUUCAACUUGAACACGUUCAGACUUUAGCAUAGUCUAAAACCUUAUAAGAGAAGAAAAAACACGCCGAAGACAGCGUAAAGUGAAGAAUUAUUGGAUAUAAGGAUCAUAAACCGGUUUUCAAUGGAAGCAUAUGAUGAUAUGCCACCUUUAGAAGAUGAUGAUGUAGAAGUGGUUACAUCACCCGAGUCUUCAGAAACAAUGGAUUCAGUUCAGAACACGUCAGACGCACUUCCAAAUGGAAGGCACCUGGUGGCUUCAUGUGAAGAUGACGAUAAUGAUGAUGAUGAUAAUGAAGACGACUGGGAAGAAAUGGAGGAGAGCACGGAGGAAAAGAUACAGUGCCUCUUUUGUAAAGAUGAGGUUCUUUCAAUAAACAAAAGCUUAACUCAUAUCAAAGAAGAACAUGAUUUUGACAUUGCUUCUUUUAUCUGCAAGUUAAACUUGGACCAAAUAGCUUUUAUCAAACUUAUCAAUUAUAUAAGAAAAGAAAACCCAGCCCCUAAACAGCUCAAACAAGAAAAGCCAGAAAAGUGGGAAUGUGACAGUUAUAUGAAGCCUGUAAAUGCUGAUGAUUCUUAUGUUGAAGAACUACCAGUCAGGAGGAGCAGAGCAAUAAUAAGACUGCAGAUCCCACAGCACUUCAGGCCAGAUGUGAUGAAUUCCAGGAGAUUAUUGAAAAACAGCGAUGCAAGAUUGCAUUGUGUUACUCAUGAAUGGCCUCUGGAAGGCCAUGGGCACAGUAUUCCCUUGGUUGAUUGCUUAGCCUUUGCCCCUUAUGGGGACCCUGAGGGAGUUACAUCUGAGUCACAAGCUCUUUCAGACUGUGAAAACGACCUACUUGCCUGCCCUGUUAACUAUGAUGCAGUGGCAGUAGAGUGCUACACCAUUCCUCCCAGAGACCAGCGUAAGUCCUAUACCAAUAUUGCCAAGAUUAGCUUCUGUAGUCAUGACCUCCACCAAUCCCACUGCCCCAUCUGCACCCAAGGUCAUGACCAUUCAGAUUUUCUGGUCAUUGGUGGUGGCUCCCGUAAUGUAUUUUAUUGGAGCUGCCCUGUCUAUAACCUUGAAUUUGAGAUGGCAGUUCUCAGAUUCAAAUUAGGCCUCAGUCUACAUGAGACCAGACAGGAAGCACGUGGGAGACAUAAGACCCGAGGAGAUGAAGGCUACUUCAUCUAUGCUCACUUUGACAUCCACCAUGAAAUGUUGUCAGACCGUGUGAGAACUGAAUCCUAUCGAGAUGCCAUCCUAAAGAAUGCCCCACUCUUUAAAGACAAAAGGGUGCUAGACCUCGGUUGUGGGACUUCCAUUUUAUCCAUGUUCUCAGCAAAAGCUGGAGCGAAUGUCACUGGUGUGGAUAUGUCUGAUGUAAUAUACAAAGCAAUGGACAUUGUGAAGGAGAACAAUUUAGAAGAUGUUAUCAAACUGCACAAAGGAAAGCUUGAAGACCUAGAAUUUGAGCACAAGUUUGACUACAUCGUGUCAGAAUGGAUGGGGUACUUCCUGCUAUUUGAAGGUAUGCUGGAUUCAGUCCUUUAUGCCAGAGACAAGCACCUAGCCGAGGGAGGUCUCCUGCUGCCGAACAGAUGCACAAUGCACCUUGUAGGGAUGGAAGAUGAAAGAAAAAGAUUGUUUGGGUUGUAUGCUUGCUUCUUCUUCUUUACCAACGUUCAGUUUAGAGAUUACCUCCCAAAUUUUUGUCAGGACAAAUUAAACAAGAAUACCCAACCAAAUAUAGAACUAGAAGUACAGGCCAAAGAACCAAUUUGUUUUCACCAUAAAAAAGAUGCUCCUGCUAUUAGAGAAAAAUCAGCUUCACCCAAUGAGCAGACAGCACGGAAUUGGUUGCUAUGCGAUGCCACCUGCUCCUUGGUCCACAACAGCCAUAUCUGUUCAUACAUGCCACCCGCAAAUGUUUCAGCUGAUAAUUUGUUAACAAAGGAUCCAGAUACUAUUUCUGAAGAUAAAUCAACUUUUCCAUUUUCAGAGGCCUUUCAUAAGUAUGUCAGUUUUUGGGAUGAUGUCUAUGGCUUCAAAAUGACAUGCAUGAAAGGUGAUGUUGUUAAAGAAGCAAACACUGACAUCAUCAAAGAGGAGAAAAUUAUUACAUCUUCAGACACAAUUCUUGACCUAGAUCUCAUGGCGAUUACUCCCAACGACACAGAGUUCUCUUCCGAAUUUUCACUAACAGUCCAAAGAGAUGGUUUGCUGACAGGUUUUGUUGGAUAUUUUGACACUUACUUUGAGAUGCCAACUCCAGUUUUCUUCUCCACUGGUCCACAUGCCACCCCAACACACUGGAAACAAACUGUGUUCUACCUUCCAGAACCACAUAAUGUCAAAAAAGAUGAAGUAAUUAAGGGCGUAAUAUCUGUCCGGAGAAAGAGAAGAGAAAUCCGAUCUCUAGAUGUUGGAAUCUCCUUUAACAACAAAAAAAAUUCAAAUAUUUGGUGGAGUAAUAAAUGUGCAAUUCAUAUGUAUGUUUAAUUUUGAUUCCUUAGA